UGUAAAUAUUUGAAAUGGCGACUACCGUGUCGAGUCAUAUUUCGAACGAUUUGGAUGCCGAUAAUGAGGAUUCCUGGCUCUACGGAUUAGAUCAGGACAAAACUAAAGGUGGGCAAGAAGAAGGAAUUUUAUUAAGUGAAAACAAGCCAACUGCCAGCAAUGAUUUGAAAAAAGAUCCUAAAUGUGAAGUAGCAGAGCCAGAGUUGACAAAUUCAGAUACCUUGGCUGACCUGCCAAUGAAAGAAAAUGAUGAUAGUUCCACCACCAACAACAACACCACCACCACUAACAUCACCACCAUAAACUCUAAUGAUACCAGCAACCACGAUGUUGGUGGUGUGGCAGCGGAUGCCGACGUAGCAGAUGUUAGUAUUUCCAAGGAACAGAAUGGGGGUAGUGACGAUGGAAUUAAUUCAGAGGAUGACGAUGAGGAUGAUGGGGUUCAGGUCACCAUUGAAGAUAUCAAACUGCAGGUGUUCGAUCCAGCCAUUCCUUUCAAAGGACCAUACCAAAGACAGGGCUCUCAAGGUAUGACGAAUGGUCCGCAAAUGAUGGCGGCAGGUGUUGUGCCAUCCUCAUCACUCUCUACCAAGCCCAUGAUGAUGAAAGGAGUGGAUUUGGAUGCCGUCGGGACUGUCAAUGGGGUCUCUGUGUACGAGUUCGACCUCGAGUCCAUCAAGAUUGAGGACAAGCCCUGGAGGAAGCCAGGAGCCGAUCUAACUGACUACUUCAACUACGGGUUCACUGAAGACACCUGGAUGAAGUACUGCGAGAGGCAGAGGAGAAUGAGGAUUGAGAACAACUGCAAGACUGGACUCUUUCAGUCGGUUGAAACUCUAUCCAAUAUUACCCCAAUUGACGCCAGCACGUAUCUUGGUCAGACCAGGAAGGGCCAACAACUCACGAAUCUAGUACAACAACAGCAGCAGCUACCACCUCAACAACUACCAAUGAAAUCAAGCGGCGUUAUUGACGUGAUUGGCGGCUCUGUGAGGGAUUCAAGGAGACCUCAGCAGCAGCCUCCGCAACAGCCUCAGCAACCGCUGCAGCAACAAUCGUUGCAACAGCAACCAACACAACAACAGGACUUUGUUGUUGCCGCUAGUCAGGCAGGUUCAGCAAUGAUGCCACAAAUCAUGACAGUGCCUCCACCGAUGCUCACCAUGCCUCCUCCAGAUUUCAACCUACCCCCUCCGACGGCUUUGCCGCCCCCUAUGGCACCUCCCCCUCAUGGAAUGCUUGCACACCCUCCGAUCCUGGUGGCUCCUCCCAAUUUUGUUCACCCGCCAAUGGCAGGACAGUAUGUAUGCAAUUAUGAAGAAGUGUUUGUAACGAGGAACGAACUUAACAAUAUGGAUUCAGCAGACUUCUAUCGGCCUCAGAUGAUUGGAGGUCCGCCACCGUCUUCCUCGACCAAUCACAAUCUAGAUAGGCGGGGCUUAGUUGCCUUUCCUGAACGUCCGACAUUCCGAUUGGAUAAUCCUUACGCCCAACCGCCUCCGCAUCACUUCCAGAUACCUGCAGGAAUGCCCCCUCCCACCCAUUGGAAGACACCGGCUGGACACAUGGAUGGCCACAUGAUGAACAGUCGACCGCAGAUGAGUGAACGCAACUGGGCCAGGAGCAGCCCACGCAAGAGGUCACAUGACUCGGACAUCAGCAGCAGUUCCAGUGAUGAGUCUGUCAAGAAGCUGAAAGAAGGCACCGAGCCGUCUGAGAAGGACAGCAGACCGCCCACUGAGAAGACUCAGCCCAACUCGGCGUCAUCCCAAAUCCCGCCGUCGUCUUCAGCGUCGUCACGUGCAGAGUCGCGCCACAGGUCACGUGACCGAUCGCGUCUGCGUGACUACGAUCGCGAUUACGAUCGCAGACGGGCGGCCGAUUACGAUCGUUCUCGCCACCACCACCAUCGCCACCAUUAUUACAGGAGCAGCAGGGAUGAUGAUUAUGACGAUAGGAGGAAGUACUCCAGCAGAAGCAGACGAGAUGAUUCGUACGAGGACAGCAGGCACGUGGUCAGCAGAUCGUCAAGACAUGCGCACAAGAAGUCAAGGACGCACAACAAAUCAGAGAGCAGUGAUUCCAGUAGUGAUACCGGACAUGGCGGAAAUAGUAGGAGGAAGAAGUCUUCAGAUAGCGGCAAUGAUGAUUAGGAGAGAUUGAUGAUUAGGAGAGAGUGGUGAUUAGAAGAGAGUGGUGAUUAGGAGAGUGGUGAUUAGGAGAGAGUGAUGAUUGGGAGAGAGUGAGAGGAAAAUGAGGAUGGAUUGAUGCUGCUGAUGAUGAUGUUUUCGUACAAACGAUGUUGCAACUUCAAUGGUGAUGCGUAUGAUGGUAGUUAUGUGGGGUACGGGCUAAUGACGUCAGCAACAACAUUGCCACUGAAGAAGAAGAGGAGGGCGACGAGUGAUUCAUCAAUGUUACUAUUAACAGUUUUAGAUAAUUUGAUGAUUGAUUAGAUUUGUUAAUAAUGUUAAUAAACUUCUCCGCUGCUUAUUGACGUCAUCUUGAUUAUUAUUAAUUGUUUUUGAGGAUGUUCAAAUGCGUUUAGGUCAUUUUUCAUUUAAUUUAAUUAAUCAUUGCAACUCUCUUGAUGACGACUUGUAAAAAAAAAUGAUAAAGAAGACGAUGACGAGGAAGAUGAUAAAAAUUUAGAUUUAUUUCCUGUGUUAUUGCACGAAAAUAGCGGUAUAAUUGACUGGACCUGUUGUCAAGGUGCGUGUUGUGCUGAUGAUUCCAAUGGUGGUGAGGUUCUGGGAGACGAGGGUGGUGGCAGUUGUGUCUCUAAGGAUUUCAAUUGAUAGUCUAUUUAAUUUUGUGCAUAUGCAUGGUUCAAUUAAGAUCGAAUAAUUGUAGUAAUAAAAAUAAUUAUACAGUUUGCAUAUAUAUAUAUAUAUAUAUAUAUAUAUGUAUAUAUAUAUAUAUUUAUUUAUAUAUAUAUAUGUACGUACUGUUAUACAAAUGACUAAAUGGUUAAAUGACAGUUAUUUGAAUUUUUUUUAAUAAUAUUUGAACGAAUUUGGCGAUUAACGAAAAUCGUAUUAAAUGUGUAAAAAAGCAUGUUUUACAAUGUCUAGGACUGAUUUUGUGCUGUUGAUUAUUAGUUCUGAAAUUGAAAUGUCACCAACUGUAGUAAGGGAUGAUAAUUUCUUUUUCACGAAUUGAGGUUUUUGUUUGUACUGUAUAUUCAUACAUACAUAUGUAGGUAUAUACAAUAUAUAUAUACGGUAGAAUGUGAAUGUAUGAUUGUAUCGCGCCAACGACGGUUUGGCGUUUUAAGCGAUAAUUUUUAUCUCUCGAAUGCUCUAGCCGUUGAAUAAAAUUAUUUCUUCAUUCUUAUUU